AUGUCUCGGCCGCAGGACGACAGGAAUCAAGAAGCAACCGUAUACCUUGGGAACCUGGAUGAGCGGUGUUCAGACGCGCUUGUCUGGGAACUCAUGUUGCAAGCGGGUCCAGUCGUGAACGUGCACCUUCCGAAGGACCGGAUAUCUAUGACGCAUCAGGGAUACGGUUUCUGUGAGUUCUUGACCGAGGAGGAUGCGGAAUACGCUUGUAAGAUUAUGAAUCAAAUCAAGCUGUGGGGAAAGCCAAUACGGGUUAACAAGGCGUCCUCGGACAAGAAGCAGCUUGACGUAGGCGCAAACCUCUUCAUCGGAAACCUGGACGAGAAUGUCGACGAGCGGUUACUCUACGACACGUUCAGCGCUUUCGGCGUAAUGGCUACAACAGCAAAGAUUGCGCGCGAUCCGAGCAGCGGAAAGUCGAAAGGCUACGGUUUCGUCUCCUUCACCGACUUUGAGUCAUCCGACGCGGCAGUCGAGUCUAUGAAUGGUCAAUUUCUCAUGAACAAAGCCAUCACAGUCCAAUAUGCCUUCAAAAAAGAUGGCAAAGGCGAGCGCCACGGUACGCCCGCCGAGCGACUCCUCGCUGCGCAAGCACGCAAGAACAACGCCCUCCCCGUCGCCGCGCGUCCACCGCCUGCUCCUAUGACUGCUAUGGGCGCAUUUGGCGCCCAUCCUCCUAUGCCUGGCUAUCCGCAGGGUCCGUACCAAGGCCAGUUCGCUGGCGCACUCGCCGCGGCACCUGCCCCACCCCCGCCACCUGGGUUCGCUCCUCAGCAGACGAUGGUACCUGGCGGAAUGUCGAUGGGCAUGCCCCCGCCGCAGGGUAUGCCGAUGGGUAUGGGCAUGCCGGGUAUGCCACCACCGCCUCCGCCAGGGUUCGUGCCUCAAGGGAUGCCACCACCUCCGCCAGGGUUCAUGCCACAAGGUAUGGCGCCUAUGAUGCCUCCACCACCACCGGGCAUGCCGCAACAACAGUCGUAUAUGGGUUAG